AUGCCGCUCAGCACGUGGGGAGGGCGGGCUCUUCGGGCGGUGCGGGGUGGGCGGGGCGGUCCUGCGGGCGCCGCGGCGGGCGGAGCGGGGAAGCCCGGGUCGGGUCGAGGGCCCAGCGUGGCGCCCAGGGCCAUGGAGCCGCGGCCCGGGGCGUGUGCGGCGGCGCUGGCUGCGGCCCUCCUCCUGCUGCUGGGUGCCCAGGGCCAGGGCAGCACUCCCAGCCCCAGGUGUGACUGUGUGCACAGCUUCCAGAAGAGGAGUGGUCAGGUCUGCUGCAGGGGCUGUCCAGCAGGGCACUACCUGAAGGCCCCCUGCACAAAGCCCUGUGGCAUCUCCACCUGUCUCCCGUGCCCCCGGGGCACCUUCCUGGCCUGGGAGAACCACCACAAGACCCGCUGUGCCCGCUGCCAGGCCUGUGAUGAGGAAGCCUCCCAGGUGGCCCUGAAGAACUGCUCGGCGGUGGCAGACACCCACUGCGGCUGCAAGCCAGGCUGGUUCAUGGACUGCGUCGUCAGCCAGUGUCCCCACAGCUCUCCCUUUCGCUGCCACCCGUGCCCAGACUGUGAGGCCCUGCACCGCCGCACGCGGGCCCCCUGUUCCAGCGGAGACACUCACUGUGGGACCUGCCUGCCCGGCUUCUAUGAAUAUGGCAACAGCUGCGUGUCCUGUCCCACGAGCACCCUUGGGGACUGUCCUGUGCCCUGUGUGGCUGUCUGUGGCUGGAGGCAGGUGUUCUGGGUCCAGGUGCUCCUGGCAGCCCUGGUGGUCCCACUCCUGCUUGGUGCCACCCUGACCUACACAUACCGCCGCUGCCAGCUUUGCAAGGCCAUAAUUCCUGCAGGUGAAGCUGGGGUGGAGGCCCUGACCCCCCUGCAGGCCACCCACCUCUCAGCCCCGGACAGCAGCCCCACCCUUCUUGUAACACCCAGCAGCAGUGAGAAGGUCUGCACCAUCCAGCUGAUAGGCAGCAGCUGGACCUCUGGCUCUCCCCAGGCCCAGGAGGCCCCCUGCCCGGAGGUGACAUGGUCCUGGGACCAGCUGCCCAGCAGAGGUCUUGGCCCGCCGCCCCCGCCCUCGCCGGCGCCCCCUGCAGGCUCGGCGGCCGCCAUGCUCCAGCCGGGCCCGCAGCUCUACGCCGUGAUGGACGCGGUGCCCGCGCGGCGCUGGAAGGAGUUCGUGCGCACGCUGGGGCUGCGCGAGGCGGAGAUCGAGGCGGUGGAGGUGGAGGUCGGGCGCUUCCGCGACCAGCAGUACGAGAUGCUCAAGCGCUGGCGCCAGCAGCAGCCCGCGGGCUUGGGCGCCGUCUACGCCGCCCUGGAGCGCAUGGGGCUGGACGGCUGCGCCGAGGACCUGCGGAGCCGCCUGCAGCGUGGCCCGUGA